CCGGAACCGUUCGAGUAGACCCCGCUUUGAGUCAGGGCAACCUGUCUUAAAUCAAUUAAAUCAUGCGACUGAAAUUCAUCCAAACCUUUAUUUCUCUAUUGACUACAAUUUGAAGUCAUACAUCUAGCUAGCUCCUGCCUCUUGGGUUCGAAAUCAAGCCGUGACUUGCAACACGCAAAGUUCAUAUCAUAGAUCAGAAAUAUCACAUCGAGCCUCCGCAUCGACAACCUCAAAUCUACCAAAAUGUGUUUGAAGGCCACUUGCGACAACUGCCACAAAGCUACUUGGUGGGGUUGUGGAAAGCACAUUCCGAACGUCAUGGACCAGAUUCCUGAGAAUGAACGCUGCACUUGCACUCCGCAAGUAGAGGUAGAGGGCAAGAAGUACCCUCCCAAGGGCCCCAAGGCUGAUUAGCUAUCUGCGGUGUCGUGUUUGGUGAUGUGAUGAGGAGUUGACUGUGUUAAGGCGUCCGGGGGAAAAGCAUAGAAGGUUCAGAUGAAUGAGAUGAUGUGACGACGUGACUUCAAUAUAAUCGUGUUGAAAAACCAAUAAGCUUUGUACCAAUCUAUUUCCGUUCCUACGUAGUUGACAGGAUAAGCUUCUUAGGUAACUAAUGCGUAUAUCCCUAGUUGCCCGG